AUGUCUUGGAAGCUCACCAAGAAACUCAAGGAGACGCACCUGGCGCCCUUGGCCAACACAUUCAGUCGCUCGUCGUCGACGUCCACAAUAGUCAACGACCAGGCCACGCCCAAGGCCUCGAGCCAUGCGAGCAGCCUCACAGACGCAAAGGACAAUGGCAUUGCUGCGUCCGAAGCACAAUCGUCUGCGCCUGCUGGGCCCCUGCGCCCGGGUAUCCUCAUAGUCACCCUGCAUGAGGGUCAGAAAUUCUCACUGCCUCCGGGCGCCGAGCAGCAAUUCAGCGGCCAGGGCCACCACCAGGGCUCCCUGUCCCAGGGUGGCGGCCUCUCGGUCGCUGGCUCAAUGCGCCCUGGCUCGUCCUCUCGCAACGCUGCUGGCUCCUACGCCGGCCGCCCACAGUCUGCUGCUGGCAGCAUCAACGCAGCACCCACCAUCCACGGUCGCUAUUCUUCGAAACACCUUCCCUACGCCCUUGUCGACUUUGACAAGCAACAAGUCUUCAUCAACGCCGUCUCAGGUACACCCGAGAACCCUCUUUGGGCCGGCAGCAACACACAGUACAAGUUCGAUGUGUCGCGCGCUACCGACGUCACCGUCUCGCUCUACAUCCGCAACCCUUCCGCCGCACCCACUGCCGGUCGCAGUGAAGAUAUCUUUAUCGGUACUCUCAAGGUCACGCCACGAUUCGAGGAGCAGCAGCAAGAUGGAAAGCUGGCAAAGGCAGAAGAUGGAUCUGGUCAGGCCGGCGCUGACUGGAUACCUGUGCAGUUUGGCAGUGGUCAAAUGAAGGUUGGCGUUAACUUCGUCGAGAACCGACAGGACCGUCUUUCAAUCGACGACUUUGAGCUUCUCAAGGUUGUCGGCAAAGGCAGUUUUGGAAAGGUCAUGCAGGUGCAGAAAAAGGACACGCACCGAAUCUACGCCCUCAAGACUAUCCGCAAAGCACACAUCAUCUCUCGCUCUGAAGUCGCGCAUACCCUAGCCGAACGUUCAGUAUUAGCCCAGAUCAACAACCCCUUCAUUGUACCAUUGAAGUUUUCAUUCCAAUCGCCAGAGAAGCUCUACCUAGUCCUAGCGUUUGUCAACGGUGGCGAGCUUUUCCACCAUCUCCAAAAGGAGCAGCGUUUUGAUAUCAACCGAGCCCGAUUUUAUGCCGCUGAACUUCUCUGUGCUCUGGAAUGUCUGCACGGCUUCAAUGUCAUCUACCGUGACUUGAAGCCAGAGAACAUUCUGCUCGACUACACGGGACACAUUGCUCUCUGCGACUUUGGUCUCUGCAAGCUUGACAUGAAGGACGAGGACAGGACAAACACGUUCUGCGGAACCCCAGAAUACCUUGCUCCUGAGCUUCUGACUGGUGCUGGCUAUACCAAGGCCGUGGAUUGGUGGACGCUCGGUGUGCUGCUAUAUGAGAUGUUGACUGGUCUGCCACCGUUCUACGACGAAAACACCAACGACAUGUACCGCAAGAUUCUCACCGAGCCUCUUCAUUUCCCAGGCCCCGAAGUUGUGCCGCCAGCUGCGCGAGACUUGCUGACCCGCCUGCUAGACCGUAACGCGGAGAAGCGGUUAGGAGCAAAGGGCGCAGCGGAAAUCAAGGCACACUACUUCUUCCAUAGUAUUGACUGGCGAAAGCUGCUCGAGAGAAAGUACGAGCCCAGCUUCAAGCCCAAUGUGGUUGACGCAAAGGACACUGCAAACUUUGACCGCGAGUUCACUUCCGAGGCGCCGACGGACUCGUAUGUCGAUGGACCGAUGCUCUCCCAGACGAUGCAACAGCAGUUUGCAGGUUGGUCAUACAACCGCCCCGUUGCUGGUCUUGGCGAUGCAGGCGGUUCAGUAAAGGACCCAUCUUUUGAGGGCGUGACUGAAAGAUAA